GUAGUACUACAUGAAUGAGAAGUCAAAACAGUCGGCUAUCCGACCCAGUAUCCCCGACAAAGUCAAUGCGAUGCGUCUCCUCCUUGCUCUAUCGACUAUCGUAGCCGAUUCCCCGUUGCAAGUAACUAAAACUAAAAGUCUCAAGUCUGCAGAGUAACCGGAGUAGCAUAGCACUAGCAAGCAAUGGCCGCUCUCACUUCCGCUCUCCUCUUCACCGCCCUCCUCGUGGCCGCCCAGUACAUGCUCCGCUUGCUCCACUCCUUCCUGUGGGUCCCGUUCCGCCUGGAACGCCGCUUCCGGCGGCAGGGAAUCCGGUGGCCACCACGAAGCCUGGUCUCCGGUAACGCAGCCGACUACCGCGACUUACUAGGCGCCGCCAGGUCCGCGCCCCUCUCCUCCUUCCGCCACAACGGCGUCGUCGCCCGCGCCACGCCGCAGUACGCGGUCUGGCUGGCGCGGUACGGCCGGCCGUUCGUGUACUGGUUCGGGCCCCGGCCGCGGCUGGUGAUCUCCGACCCGGAGCUCGUGAAGGCCGUGAUGACCGACUCCACGGGGGGCUUUGAUAAGGCGGCCUCGGGCGGCAACAACCCGCUCGCCAGGCAGCUCAUCGGCGAGGGGCUCGUCGGGCUCUCCGGGGAGACGUGGGCGCGCCACCGCCGUGUGAUUUCGCCGGCGUUUAACAUGGAGAGGGUGAAGUCUUGGAUACCAGAAAUAGCAGCUGCGGCAUCAUCUGUUCUGGAUAAGUGGGAAGCCGAAGGUGGGAGCCGCACUGAGUUUGAGAUCGAUGUCCAUAAAGCAUUCCACACUUUGAGUGCGGAUGUCAUUUCCUGUGUGGCAUUUGGAAGCAGCUACGAGGAGGGGAAACGAAUUUUCCAAUUGCAGGAGGAACAGAUGCAACUUGCUCUUCUUGCAAUGAGGACUGUUUAUAUUCCUGGAUUCAGGUUUGUACCAACAAAGAAGAACCGAAAAAGGCAGAGGUUAAACCAGGAAAUCCAAUGCUCCCUGCGCAAAUUGAUCGAAAUCAAUGGAACAAAAUGCGAGGACUCAAAAAAUUUGCUGGGGUUAAUGCUAUCAGCCAGCAAAGCUGGGAGUGAAUACAAAAUGGGAAUCGAAGAGAUAAUCCAUGAGUGCAAGACGUUUUACUUUGCUGGGAAGGAAACAACAGCGAACCUGUUGACAUGGGCAACACUUCUUCUUGCGUUGCAUCAAGAGUGGCAGGUCAAGGCCCGUGAUGAGGUUCUUAAAGUGUGCGGAAAGCAUGAGCACCCUAAUGCAGAAAACCUGAGCGAUCUCAAGAUUGUAACUAUGGUGUUAAAAGAAACCCUCAGGCUGUAUCCUCCAGCUACAUUUAUCAAUCGGACUGCCACUAGGGAUAUCAAGCUGGGUAAACUAGACAUCCCGGCUGGCACACGGCUGGACUUCCCUAUCAUUCACAUCCAUCGUGACCAUGAAGUCUGGGGCAUGGAUGCAGAGGAGUUUAAUCCAUCAAGGUUUGCAGAUGGCAGCAGCUAUCACCUAGGUGCUUACUUCCCCUUUGGGAUCGGCCCUACAAUCUGCGUUGGCCAGAAUCUUGCAAUGGUCGAGGCCAAGGUGGCGCUUGCAAUGACCCUUCAGCGGUUUGCGUUCACCGUUUCGGCGUCUUAUGCUCAUGCACCGAUGCUGGUGUUCACCCUCCAGCCUCAGUUCGGUGCUCAAGUUCUUGUCCGGAAGAUAUGAGCCUUCUAUGUGAAGGAUCCAUGAGGCCUCUCCUUUUUUUCUUCUUCUUUCGAACACAGGACUCUACUUUUUUUUUGUUCAAUCCUGUUCAUGAAAGACUUGUAUAUAAGAUUUGUCCUCUACAGGAAUCUGCUAAAGGCUUCAAACACUUGAGCUAAAAUGGCAUGUGUUGUACAAAAACCAUCUAGAACCUGCAUGAAUAUACCGAUUUGGAACUGCAAGCCUCACCGCUUGGGUUUGUUGAAAUUA